CUUACAGUUGUACCGAACUGACAGCUCAAUAUUUGUGUAUCCGACUUCAUCUUCCUCUCUCUCAUCGCUCUCUGUCUCCAUCUCUGUUAUUUUCCUUCUCUUUCUUUCCCCUCCAAAAGCUUCACUACUGGAUAAGUUUAUUACGUCCCAACCACAGGCUACCACCAGAUAAGGCUCUAAAUUUCUCUCCCUCUUUCUCUUUACUCACACAUUUCUCUUUUAUUUUAUUUUCCUGUGGUACGUUUGGUGUAGGUUUCAGAUCACAAAUUGUGAAAAUUUUGGUGUUUUUUAUUGAUAUAACGUAUGAUUCAUUGAACUAUAAUUCCCACUUUUUGGGAGGGUAAUUCAAUUAUCUUAUUGUUACAAAGAACUUGCUCUAAGUGAUGCAAACAACAUGUUCGACAAACUGUCUGAGAACUGAGUUCAUUCGCCAGUGAAGUCUGAGCAAACGAUCGCUAUUAGGAGUCGAUUAGGAAUAAGUUUUGGAUAGUCAGGUAGGUGUGGACUGCUUGAUUAGAUCAUUCGACUUGAAAAUUUCAUGCACCUAAGUUAAGCAAUCUUUUGGCGUUAAUCUAUAGGAGAGUUGCAGUAUGCUAUUAGAGUUUGAGUGAAACUAUCCUACACAUCAGUAAUGAGCUUUGAACUGCAGAAAAAUGCAAAUUUUUUUGUAUUCCUUUGAUUGAGUUUUGUUGUGUGUAAAACUGAUCUUAUUCGACUAAAGGGUGAAUUGCACUAGUUCUUCAUGUUAUUGUGUGCUCGAACUCUUUUGCCUGUGGAGUAUCUUUUUUCCUGCUGUAAUAUUAUGAUUAGUUCAUCUGCUUAAUUACUAUCUUUAUGGUAAUCACCUAUUCUCAUAUUACUCUACUAACUCAUUUAUCAUGUUUUAUUAACACAUCAAUUCUGGUUACAAAUUGAAUGUUGAGAUACCAAAAAAAACAGAGUUUGUAUAGGAGAGACUCCUAAAGUCUAUAAACUAUUUUACAUAGGAAUUUACUUUUCAAGUGUUAAAUAUAUUUCCCAAGUAUUAGAUUGACUAUUACAUGUCCUUAAACUUCAAUAUGUCGUAACAUUUGCCAAAGCAUUUAAAGGUUCAAUGACGCAAGGUUUUGUUGCAAUUCACUUGUGAUGUUCUUCCUAUUUUUUGGAGCUCUUAAUGUAGUUUUAGUAUAUCAAAUACUUCGUUAAUCUUCCCUUUUCCACCUUUGUUUGACAUAAUGUAAAUGUAUUGAAAUUACGACUACUUAUGCUCCUGAGGUUAGAGUUUGCAAUUUGGAGUAAGUUCCUUAACUAUUGACUUAUGAUUGUGCCUUAGCUAGCAAUUUCUGCAACAGAAUAUUACUUGAUCAUAUACAAGAAAGUGAAAUUUACAUUGUACUUGAUCAUAUACAAGAAAGUGAAAUUUACAUAGUACAAUGCUUCUGAAGCUAGAAAAGUGAUGAGAGAAUUUCUAGAAUGGAGUUGAGACCUUUGACUAUUAGCUUCUACCUAUUCUGUUUAUGGAGAAGCGUGGAAUUUAAAGAAUUAGAAGCAUAAUUUCUAGAAAAUCCAUUCCCAUAAGAUAGUAUGUGUAUAAAAAGACUCCAUAGCUCCCAUUCUUCACGAUUAUUUUAUCAGUUAGUUUCAGCUUCUAUCUAAAAUUCGUAUGCUUAAACAAAAUUAUGGCUUUGAAAAUAUAAAGGAAGAAUUGUGAAUAGCUUUAAGUAUGUUCAGGUCAUGUUGUAUGGAUCUUGUUACAAGGUAAUCUUGCUCGGGUCAUUUUAACUGUCCUAUUAGCAUCUAAAUUUGGAGUCGCUUAGGUCAUACCAUCGGUUGAGAGGCAAACAUUACUUAUAAAUACUGGAGUUUUUAAAGCAUGCUAAAUUUUAAUUUAUUGGGUUUUGAAAUGUUUUAUGUCUCAAUGUUUACUAAUGGUCGCUACUAAUUUUGAAUUCAAAGUGGUAAGUAGACAGAAUAGAGAGAAGCUUAUUAAAGGUAACUUUCUGUGUCUUUUAGUUUUGAAGGAUUGAUAAUGAGAACUUUGCUUCUUUUGACCAUUAGUGAUUAAUUUAGUCCCACGUGGUGUUGUAGGUAACAGGUUAAGUAUUCCACCUGGGAAGUACGUUCGAUAGAAUGAAACUCAAAGUAAUUGAUGGGAGCCCCCACAAGUGGUGGAGCAUGUCCUUUUAAUUCUAUGCAAAGCGAAGGAGAGCUUGGACAUUCUGUGAAUCCUCUUGAAAGAAAGCAAAGCAGCAAAAUAUAAUGCAUAUCUACAAUGGAUUUUCGACGAAACGGAGAGUGAGCUUGGAUAGGCUUAAAAAGCUCAAAAGGUACCGACGACAGGUUUGCUGAUCCGUCUGCUUAGGAUCUCAUUCUGCUAUUUUUGGAGCGCUCUUAUAUUCAGAGCCAUCUUUUGUUAUGCCUCCAAAGAAGGCGACAGCGGCCCAAAAGGCCAAGGCAGCAGCUGUGGGAGAGACUAGUCAGGCCCAGAGGGUUACCAGGGCCCAUGCUCAUAUUGCUCCUGAUAUUUUUCCCCCGGCAGAGGGCUCUUCCACCCCGCCACACGUAGAGGAUAUUGGAGCAGCAGCGGCUGCAGGUCGAGGGGCGGCUCCACCGCCAGCUCCCGAGAUUCCAGUACCUGAGCCUCCAGCUCCACGGCCAGGGACUGAGGAUCAGACUAUGAGAGAGGCAGUCCAGCUAUUGACUAGACUUGUGGCAGGACAGGUUCAGGGGCAUGGACAGGGAGGUGACCGGGCUUACAGGCGUGACAGUUCGAGAGCCCGUGAGUUCUUGACUUGUGGCCCUCCAGAGUUCUUCGGGACAAAGCCCGAGGAGGAUCCCGAGGAGUUCAUCAGGAAGAUGCGGCGCACCUUACAGUUUAUUAAUGCUUCCGAGACAGAGUCAGUUGCAUUGGCUUCAUACCGGUUAUAUGAUGUAGCGGCAAAUUGGUACGAGUCAUGGGAGUUAUCCAGAGGCGACGGCGCUCCCCCAACAGUUUGGGAUGAUUUUUCUCAGGCUUUUCUUAGCCACUUUCUGCCUCCGGAGCUACGGCGAGCCAAGGAUGACAGAUUCUUAUUGCUGAGACAGAGGGGUCGCAGUGUUCGAGAGUAUAGUAUGGAGUUCGACUCAUUGGCCCGAUACGCACCCGCUGUGGUAGCUACUAUGGCUGACAGGAUGCACAGGUACAUUAUGGGGCUGGACCGUUAUUUUGCCGACAGUUGUUUGGUAUUGGCUGCUCAGCCCGGCAUGGAUAUUGCCCGGAUUCAGGCCCACGCCCAGGGCAUGGAGGACCGGCAUAGGGAGCGUCAGCCUGAUAGAGGCCAGGAUCGGAGACAGCCCAAGAGGGCCAGAUCAUCUGGGUAUUCUGGAGAUUUUCGGGGCAGGCAGCCUCAGCAGCCGCAGCAGCCUAGCAGACAUCCAUCCCAGCCGGCACAGAGCGCACCUCCACAGCCUACAGGUCGCAGAUUUGAUAGCCCAGGUUAUUCAGGAGCAGGUCAGAGCUCCAGGGCUUCAGGUUCGCGGACAGACAGGGGUUCUGGUCAGACGAGGCCACCUAGGCCUCAGUGUUCUUACUGUGGCAGAUACCAUCCUGGGGAGUGCUACAGAGCCACCGGUGCAUGUUUUUCUUGUGGCCGUCAGGGCCAUUCUGUGAGAGAUUGCCCGUAUAAGGGUAGUUCGGGUGGUGCAGCGCAGCCUACCGGAUCAGCCGCCGGGUCUUCAUCUUUAUCAGUGGCUAUGCGCCCUACGGGGCCAGGUACUUCAGCACCAGCGGGUCGCGGCAGAGGCCGUGGUGGAGCUUCGGGUACUAGCGGUCCUUCAAACCGCAUCUAUGCUCUGUCCAGCCGCCAGGAUCAGGAGGCAUCGCCUAAUGUCGUUACAGGUACAUUAUCGGUUUUCUCUCGGUCUGUGUAUGCAUUGAUUGAUCCAGGUUCGACCUUGUCAUAUAUUUCGCCUCUGGUUGCUAGUAAAAUUGGUAUAACGUCUGAACCUAUAGAGCCGUUUGAGGUAGCCACACCGAUUGGGGACUUUAUUGUAGCAAAACAGGUAUAUAAGAACUGUUCUGUAAUUGUAUGUGGCCGUGACACUAAGGCAGAUCUGGUGGAGUUAGAUAUGGUCGAGUUCGAUGUUAUUAUGGGAAUGGACUGGCUAGCCUCCUGUUAUGCAAAUGUUGAUUGCCAAAAUAAGGUAGUUCGUUUCCAGUUUCCUGGGGAGCCAGUUAUAGAAUGGGCCGGUAAUACAGCAUCGCCGAAAGGUAAGUUUAUUUCAUACCUUAAGGCAAAGAAAAUGAUCAGAAAGGGUUAUUUUUAUCAUCUGGUUCGGGUACAAGACCUGACAGCAGAAACGCCGACUCUUCAGUCAGUUCCCGUGGUUAAUGAAUUUCCAGAUGUGUUCCCAGAAGAGCUUCCAGGCCUUCCUCCAGAGCGGGAGAUAGAUUUUACUAUUGAUUUGCUUCCAGAUACUCAGUCGAUAUCUACUCCCCCGUACAGAAUGGCACCGGCAGAAUUGAAAGAACUGAAAGAGCAGUUGAAGGAUCUGUUAGAAAAAGGCUUCAUUAGACCCAGCACUUCGCCUUGGGGAGCCCCGGUAUUAUUUGUGCGUAAGAAAGACGGGUCGUUGCGUAUGUGUAUUGAUUAUCGACAGCUGAAUAAGGUAACCAUAAAGAAUAAAUACCCCCUCCCCAGAAUUGACGAUUUGUUUGAUCAGUUGCAGGGCGCCAAGUAUUUUUCGAAGAUAGAUCUUCGGUCUGGCUAUCAUCAGGUACGGGUACGGGAGGUCGAUAUUCCUAAGACAGCAUUCCGGACCAGCUACGGGCAUUAUGAAUUCAGAGUUAUGUCUUUUGGGCUGACUAAUGCUCCUGCGGUAUUCAUGGAUUUAAUGAACCAGGUAUUCAGGCCAUUCUUGGAUAUGUUCGUAAUUGUAUUUAUCGAUGACAUUCUGGUCUAUUCUCGGUCCGAGGCAGAGCACGCAGAUCAUCUGAGAGCGGUAUAG